AAUCAAUAACUGUAUUUAGUAGAUAACACAUAUCCUGCAAAAGACUCCUUCCCAUUUUCAACCUUUAGAAUCUUAACUUCAACCAAACUUCUAACAAAUUUCCUAUUAAUCUUUCUAUUUUCCAAUCCAAAAAUGUUGUGAAGCAAUUUUUAUUUUUCUUUCUCCACAAUGCUUAAAGUUUUCAACAGAAAGCUUAAACGCUUCUGUUCUAGGCUGGGAUGGCCGAUUCGACGCCGUUCCAAGCAAAAAAUUGUCAUAAAAAAGUUUGGAAAAUCCAACUCAAGAACAAGAAAUGAAGCAAUUGCAUCAAAUACCACUGGUUCUGCUGUGAUUCAUCCAAGUAAUGAAUCCAGUGGCCUAAAAUCCAAGAAACCAAUAUGUGUUGCCACAUUUAAUGCUGCCCUGUUCUCCAUGGCACCUGCAGUUCCAGAGAUGGAAAAAUCAGCAAGUUUUGAGCCUGGAAAUGAAGGUUUUUUGAUGAAAAAGAAUGGAUUCGAGUGCGAUUUAAGGACGAAAUCUAUGAAUGAUCGUCCGAGAAGUAUACUAAAGCAAUCUCCACUGCGUUCAGACUCCAUGGAUUCAUCAGAAAAUCUCUCUAAACAACAGAAGUUCUCGAAAUCAAGAUUGCGGGUUUCAAUCAAUUUACCAGAUAAUGAGAUAUCUUUGAAGAAAAGUGGACAGUCGGGCUUUUCUGAAGCUGAAAAAGAGGCAUCCUCAAGGGGUAGUAGUAUUAGUAGAAUUCUGAAAGGGAAGGCUCCAUUGACAUACAGCAAAAGUACGUCGUUUAGCGCCACAUAUGGUGCUGAUUAUCGAAGUUUCUCCAGUACUCGGACCGUUCUUGAUGUUCUAAGAGAGUUGAACGCAGAUAUAUUGGCUUUGCAGGAUGUGAAAGCAGAGGAGGAAAAAGAAAUGAAACCUUUAUCUGAUUUGGCUAAAGCUUUAGGGAUGUACUAUGUCUUUGCAGAGAGUUGGGCACCUGAAUAUGGGAAUGCAAUUUUGUCCAAAUGGCCUAUUAACAAAUGGAGGGCUCAAAAAAUCUUUGAUGAAACUGACUUCAGGAAUGUUUUGAAAGCCACCAUUGAUGUUCCUCAGGUGGGAGAAAUCGACUUCUUCUGCACGCAUCUCGAUCAUUUAGACGAGAACUGGCGAAUGAAACAGAUAAAUGCAAUAAUCCAAUCUACGAACAUACCCCAUAUCUUAGCAGGAGGCCUAAAUUCUCUUGAUGAAACUGAUUACUCCCAAGAAAGAUGGACUGACAUAGUAAAGUAUUAUGAAGAAAUGGGAAAGCCAACACCCAAACUUGAGGUGAUGAAAUAUUUGAAGAGUGAACAUUACACAGAUGCAAAAGAUUUUGCUGGAGAGUGCGAGUCUGUUGUUAUGAUUGCCAAAGGACAAAAUGUACAGGGCACAUGCAAAUAUGGAACUCGAGUCGACUACAUAUUAUCAUCACCAAAUUCAGCAUACAAGUUUGUUCCUGGAUCAUAUUCUGUUUUUUCUUCGAAAGGGACUUCUGAUCAUCAUAUAGUGAAAGUUGACUUGAUGAAAGUAGAUAGCAAUCCUCAACAGCAAUAUGCUCAAAGGAGGCGCAGGCAAUCCAAACAGAGAAUUGUUAAGAUAACUCAUUCUUCUUCUCCAUCAAAGGGUAUAUGGGAAGCACAAUCUUGAAAUGCAGAUAUAUUAGUACAUUAGUAUUUCUCUUUUCCGACUAUUUACUCAGCAGAUUGUUCAAUGAUCAUGGCAUGUUUAACAAAGUGGACUCGAACUGGACAAUAUAAAGGAAAAAAAAGAAACUAAAAUCUUGUCUAUUCUACUGCCCAUUUCUACUUACUAAACGUGCCUGGAUAAAAAGAUGAAGGCGGAAAAGUUUUACAAUAGCUUCCUUUUUUUGUUUCUUUCUGUAAAGCACUAUUCAUCAAUACAAUGGUGACUAAUUUAGAGGGAAAGAAAAUUAAAGAUACAGAAUGUGUAUAAAUUCAUUUCAGUUACUUGUAAAACAAGGAUUUUCUUCCUUUUUCCCUUCUGAUUCAAGUUUUGAAAAGAAGUUGAAGAAGGGUAUUUGAAAAUACUUGAGUAGUUUUCUUCUCU